CCCUAGACUAUAGUCCAUACAUCAAAGAUAUAGACGGACCCGUCCAUAGUCUAGCUUGAUAUAACCUAUUGUAGUUAAGGGACCACUGUACCACAUAACAGCCUAUAGAUUGAAACAUAGUUGAUGCCAUGUUUCAAUCCAUCAUCGGCAAGAACGGGACUGAAUCACCCGAACCUGUCAAAGCAGAAGUAACAGGAUGUGUCCCUGAGUGGCUACAAGGGACAUUGCUGCGCAAUGGGCCUGGUCUCUUUAAAGUGGGAGACACUGAAUACAAUCACUGGUUUGAUGGCAUGGCCUUAAUUCAUAGUUUCACCUUCAAAGAUGGUGAGGUGUACUACAGGAGUAAAUUCCUGAGGAGUGACACCUUCAAGAAAAACACUCAGGCAAACAAGAUUGUUGUGUCAGAAUUUGGGACCAUGAUCUAUCCCGAUCCCUGCAAAAACAUAUUUUCAAAAGCCUUCUCCUACCUUCUCGCUGCCAUCCCAGACUUCACAGAUAACAACCUGAUAAACAUCAUUAGAUAUGGUGAGGACUACUAUGCCUCAUCAGAAGUCAACUACAUGAAUCAAAUUGACCCAAUGACCCUAGACGUAAUUGGAAAGAUGAACUACAGGAAUCACAUUUCUCUGAACAUGGCGACUUCACACCCUCACUACGACGAUGAGGGAAACACCUAUAACAUGGGAACUGCCCUCAUGAGGUUUGGCACGCCCAACUAUGUCAUCUUCAAGGUUCCAGUAAAUGCAUCAGAUAAGGAGCAUAAGAAGCCUGCCCUGCGGAAGGUGAAGCAGGUCUGCAAUAUACCGUGUCGCUCUACCCUCUUUCCCAGCUACUUCCACAGCUUCGGCAUGACAGAGAAUUACAUAAUCUUUGUCGAGCAGCCAUUCAAACUGGACAUCCUCAGACUGGCCACAGCUAUAUUUAGAAGCAUCAACUGGGCCAGCUGCCUCAAAUAUGACAAAGAGGACAUUACGCUGAUCCACCUGGUCGACAAGAAGACUGGGAAGGCUGUGUCCACCAAGUUCUACACAGAUGCCCUGGUGGUUUUCCACCACAUCAACGCCUACGAGGAUGACGACCAUGUAGUGUUUGACAUGAUCACCUACAAAGACAGCAAUCUGUAUGAAAUGUUCUACUUAGCGAACCUGAGAAAGGAAACCCAUGAAUUCAUUGAGAGCCACAAGGACAACUUCUCCCCACCAAUCUGCCAGAGAUUUGUGUUGCCUCUCACUGUUGACAAGGAUACUCCAAAAGGAACAAAUCUUGUGAGGCUCAAAGACACAACAGCCAAAGCAGUGAUGCAGAGAGAUGGCUCGCUGUAUUGCCUGCCUGACACAAUAUUUGAAGGUUUGGAGUUGCCAAGGAUGAACUACAAAUUCAAUGGCAAGAAGUACCGUUAUUUCUAUGGCUCAAGAGUGGAGUGGACUCCACACCCAAAUAAGAUUGGGAAGGGGGACAUUGUGACCAGAAAGUACAUUGAGUGGACAGAAGAGGACUGCUACCCCUCUGAGCCUGUGUUUGUUGCCACACCAGGAGCUGUGGAGGAGGAUGAUGGAGUCAUUUUGUCCUCAGUCGUCUCACUCAAUCCAAAGAAAUCCCCCUUCAUGCUUGUCCUUAAUGCCAAAACCUUUGAGGAAAUUGCUCGUGCCUCAAUCGACGCCAGCAUUCACAUGGAUCUGCAUGGACACUUCAUUCCCACACAGAGCACCAACUGACAUAGCCAGCAGAGGGCACGAUUGUACCGUAAUAUUGUAGAGGGUAAAGUAUUACUCCCAACCAUAUAAAGUUGAUGUCCGUGCCCCCCGUGGAAAUUAAAUUGGCAUAAUUUGCAUAAUAAACAAAAAUCCCCAUCAAAAUCCUUCAGUUUAAAGUAGAGAUAUCUGUUUCGUGUGGGCUGCGUCUCAAUCCACCGCAUCCGACAAUGACGGCCUUCCACAUCUGCGGUAGAAGGUAGCAGAGCUACAAGAUCAUGUCUAGAUGGGAUACAGAUUGUCAAACCUCAAAAGGUUGUCAAACCUCAAAAGGUGAUUAUUUUAGCUAACACUAACCCCUUUCCUAACCUUAACCUAAUUCUCCUAACCUGCUACUUUAAUUAUCGUAACCUGCUGUGUAAAUUCUUAACCUGAUACGAAAAGUAAAUCUGUUAUUUCAUGAAUUAAUCUGUUACUCAAUGUGUUUCUAUGGGCUAAUAGCAGUAAGACCAAAUUCAAUGUUUUAUCAAAUAUUUUUUAAAUAAAACAUUGUAUACCUACAGGGGUGUUAAAAUUCUAAAUCAAAUAUGU